AUGAGGAGUGAAAUAGUGCUUGUUGUUGGGUUGUUUUUAACUGUUUUAUUCUCUUCUCCACAGGGUGAUUUGGCUGGAUAUAAAUGGAGCACAGAAUCUAUUAACUGGAGUGCGAUUACGAAACUCAUUGGAGUCAAUGACGAGUACCAUAACGCUGGCGAGUUCGAAGCUCUUUGCAAGAUUUACAGAAUCACGCAGGCAGAAGCCCCGCAGCCUUUCUUUAAGAAUCGUGAGAGGGAAGGUGAGAUUGUGAAGAAGUUGCAGGAAAUGAUCAGUGAGACGGAGGCUGCGGGUGGUAAUAAAGUUUUGAAUAAAUCAGCUAACAGCACAACAGCAUAUCAGGAGAUAAAGAAACUUCUUGAAAAGGCGAAAAAGCUGAAGGAAGAAAUAGAAGUCAACAGGACAAAAGCCUUGAAUGCAAGUCGCUCUGCUGAAGAAAAUAUGCUGAGGGCUGUGUAUGGCGAUGCUGUGGAUGUGGCAAGAAAUGGGAAUAAAACAUUGGAGGAGGCCAUGAGGGGAAACAAGUCACUGCUGUUCAAUAGUGUUGAUGAUGCAGGUACAAGUUGUGGUUCUUACGGAGAGAAGCUGGUUGGCAAGACACUAAUCAAUGACUUUUUCUGCCUAUGUGUGGGAGAGGCUAAGAACGUGAAAAUAAAGCAAAAUCUUCUGCACCCCGGGCAUGUCACACCUUAUGACGGUGUGUAUAAUGGAUACAAUUGUCCCUGCAAGGAUGAAAUAAGGAGACCGAAAAGCGGCAGUUGGACUAUGAUGGCUGAAUAUUGUAAAGGUGGCGAAGACAUUUGUAACCCUGACAACGUAACAUAUGACCAUACUGAAGCAUGGGACGUGAUCAGUAAAGCUUGUGUAUACAAAAAUGUUGCAUCUAAUGUAAAAACCUUGAAGAGUGCACUGGCUCAGUUUGAUGCGUUGUUGAAUUUGGAACAGGAUGAGUAUCAAGUCAGGGGUAUUUUUGGUUAUGUUAGAACGGAAAAUAACGAAAAUCGCACGUGCACAGGUCACACUGCUGGGUUUACAUGUGUCAGUUACAAUCACACACUUGAAAAUGGUGGAAUUCCUUGGUACAACCGCCUUACUAAUGCUACCGAGCAACUACAAGAAAUGGCAAAGUAUGCCAAAGAAGCUGACAGUCAUCUUCAUGAAUUGGAAGAGUACCAACAUGAGGCAGAGGAAAUAUUUCUUGAGGUGAAACUUGGUGGUGAUGCAGAGCUGUGGAAAAAUAGCCGAGCUCAAGGUGAAAGUGACAGUGAAGGUUAUGAUACUGGGGUAAAUAAUGAUGGACUUACUCAUUUGAAUGUGGAAACUGGGGGGUUUACAUUAUUAAUUUUAUCUCUUAUUUGUAUCUUUUAG